GUAGCCAACCGUCGAAGUAACAACAAUGAAUACUUUCGUGUGUGUUCUCUUGCUCGCAGCAGUUGCGGUGGCUGAGCCGCCUAGAUACCGCUUAGACAGGUUCAGAUCUGCGAGACAAGAAGUCGAAGGCAGCGGUGGUGACGCACCCUACCCAGCGGCUGGCUGGAGACCAGCGAAGGCGUUCGACUUACCCAACCGCCAAGAAGUUCCACCAUCCACUUCCUACGGCGUGCCAGCUGACAGCUACGGUGCUCCUUUCAACACAUACGCACCACCACAACCAGAAUACGGAGUUCCAGAAGAACCAAAAGAAAACGAAGACUCUGAAAACGUCGAGCAAAAGGAAGACACAAACGCAAAACUCGAGGAAGCGCCAAAGAAAGACGCUGAAGUAAUCAGCUCUCAAGGUGCUUACUACGUUUUGCUGCCAGGAUCGCAGCUUCAAAGAGUUCAAUUCCAAACCGAGAAUGACAUCAGGAACAUGGCGUAUACCGCAAAGCUGCAAUACAAGAGCGAGGACAGAGCACCAAUUUUCGUGUACACCGUACCACAGAUACAGAAUGCGGCAUACGUACAGUUAAUAUGAUUGGCCUUUACUAUAGUGUAUCGUUACAAAUGAACGCUUCGUAGUGACAGGAUUUGCUGAAUAUCAGCUCUACCAAUUAUACCCGGUAUUACACUGUACCAUGUUCUGUUAUGUGAUGAUUUUUGGACUCUGGAUAACCAUUUAACUGUACAAAAUUUCUGUAUCAAAAUUGUGUUCUACGAACUGCGCGCAUUUGUACCGAAUUAUUUAUUUUAAUUUAUCGAAAUAAACGACAACUCAGUAGCGAA